AUGGAUUUUGAAAAUGCGGAUGUUGAGCUGAGGAAUGGAUUUACUAUUCCAAGAAAGUCUGAGCAACCCACUCGAGCUACUUCGUCAAAUAGCGUGGUUAUAUGGCGAGCACGAACAUCAAGCUCGUUAGUGACUUUUCUUGGCUCCAAAAUUAUGAUGUUGCCAGGCCCAAACAAAGAUAAGGAAGGGAACAAUCACGAUCGACGUCCAAUGGUCUGUUGGAAAGGAAAGGGGGCAAUCGAUUUUGCUUCAGCCUUUGACUUUGGACCUAUAG